GGCGGCGGAGGGGUCAGCGAUUGUCCCGGAAGUGGAAGGUGAGAGAUCUGUCCGGGAACGGCUGCCGGGCUGACAGGCCGCCGCGGCCAUGUUCGGCGAAAUGGAUUUCGAGAUCGAAGAGGACAAACUAGGGAUUCCAACAGUGCCGGGGACAGUGACGCUGAAGAAAGAUCCGCAGAAUUUAAUCGGGAUCAGCAUCGGCGGAGGUGCCCAGUACUGCCCCUGUUUGUACAUUGUUCAGGUGUUUGACAACACUCCAGCGUCUCUGGACGGAACGGUGGCAGCCGGAGAUGAGAUCGUGGGUGUGAACGGGAAAUCGGUGAAGGGGAAAACCAAAGUGGAGGUGGCCAAGAUGAUCCAGGCUGUGAAGGGAGAAGUCACGAUUCACUACAACAAAUUACAGGCUGAUCCCAAACAAGGCAAAUCGCUGGACAUCGUCCUAAAGAAAGUGAAGCAUCGGCUGGUGGAGAACCUGAGCUCAGGCACUGCAGACGCUCUGGGGCUCAGCCGAGCCAUUCUCUGCAACGAUGGUCUGGUGAAGAAACUAGAGGAACUGGAGAGAACAGCAGAGCUGUACAAAGGGCUGAUGGAACACACCAAGAGGCUGCUACGAGCCUUCUUUGAGCUCUCGCAAACACAUCGAGCCUUCGGUGACGUGUUCUCUGUGAUCGGGGUGAGGGAGCCACAGCCCGCCGCCAGCGAAGCCUUCGUUAAGUUUGCCGAAGCUCACCGUAGCAUCGAGAAGUUCGGCAUCCGGCUGCUGAAGACGGUGAAACCGAUGCUCAGCGACCUGAACACGUAUCUCAACAAGGCCAUCCCCGACACGAAGCUCACAAUCAAAAAAUACCUCGACGUGAAGUUCGAGUAUCUGUCCUAUUGCUUGAAGGUGAAGGAGAUGGAUGAUGAAGAAUACAGCUGCAUUGCCCUACAGGAGCCGCUGUACCGUGUGGGUACCGGUAAUUACGAGUACCGGCUGAUCCUGCGUUGCCGUCAGGAGGCCAGGGCUCGCUUUGCCAAAAUGAGGAAGGACGUGCUGGAGAAGAUCGAGCUUCUGGACCAGAAACACGUGCAAGAUAUCGUGUUCCAACUCCAGCGCUUUGUGUCGGCCAUGUCUAAGUACUAUGACGAAUGCUACGCCGUCUUGAAAGACGCUGACGUGUUUCCCAUCGAGGUGGACCUGACGAAAACCAUGCUGAACUACAGCCCCAAGGAGACCUACACCGACACCGAGGAGGAUGAGGAAGAGGAGAGAGAGAACGAGGAAAACGGAGAGAAACUCUUCAACGACGAAUGAACAGGAAACAUUUUUUUCUUCUCUCUCUCUCGCUGUCUCUCGCGCUCUCUUGUCUCUCUCUCUCUCUCUCUCGUCCUCUCUCCUGGAUCUUAACGGGUUUUAAAAGAAUAUAUUGUUAUUAAUUAUUAUGACGAAGAGGAAAAGUUUUUCCUCUCUCCCUCCCUCUCCCUCUCUCUCUCUCUCUCCUGUUUUUUAAGACAUCAUUCCGAGAAAUCCUCAAGUUAUUUCCAGGUUUUUUUUUUUUUAAAUAUUUUCGUUACUAUUUCUUCGUCGACGAAUAGUUUUAACACUAAGCCAUUUUUAUUUAUGAAUCCUCCCAUUAAAUCCGUGAUUGUUUCAAAUGCUCUUUCAGUCCAUAAGCAACUUAAAAAGCUUUGCACAUAAGAGGGUGAGAGAUGGAGGGAGUUUUGAGUCACACCCGGGCACACUCGCUAAUCAUCUCUCUCUCUUUUUCUCGCAGAAACUAGUCCCCUUUUCUUUCCCCCACCACGCUGUUUCUCUCCACCCGCGCCCCACACACGCGCGCGCGCGCGCUGGAACUCUCUAAAUCUCUUUCCCCUGCUCUCUCUCUCUCUCCCUCCCCUUUUCUGACCCUUUCACAAAGUCUUUCCCCACACACCCCCGGGGCCAGAGCAACAGUCUGUAUAAACCCGAAACUGUGCCACGCUAUUUAUUCGAAGGCACGUACCUCAGCCCUGGCCUUCACCAUUCAGCCCAUCGUGUCCGUGCCGACUCUUUUAAAGAGUGAACCUCUCAGUCCCGUUUGCCUGCCCCGUUCCUUAUGGUUUAUUAAAUUAAAAGUGUCUUACAGUUGGCCUUUCAGGUCUUCAGUCACUGGUACCUGAAUGUAGGGCCAGACCAGUUUGUUCUCAAUACAGGGGGGAUUUGCCUUGUAUUGAGUGCGCGCACACGCGCGUGUGUGUGUGCGUGUUUGCGUGCGUGUGUCUGUAUGUGUCUGUAUGUGAGUCUGUGAGGUGGGAAGGCUAUUAAUGCUCUUACCUUGUUUGGAGACUGCUUUGUGUUAUUUAUUGAUGGGUCUAUGAGGACGUAGCAAUGAGCAUUGCUUUGAAUAAGAAUAAUUCUUUGCAUUUGACACAGCGCCUUCACGUCAAGAG